GGCAAAUUGCUGGGAAUUUUCCGAUGCGUUUCUCGGGUCGUGGGAACGCAAAAAAGUGUCGCUUCAGCGGAGCCAUCAUGACGUAUCAAAUAAUUUUGUUUUUGACAUGUGGGGGAUUGAUCUCUUCAAUUUUCUACGCCUGGGGACAUGUACUGAGAACGCAGUCGUGGGUAAUGACGAUGGCGACGGUUAUUCGGACCCUGUCCUGCCUGUUGUGCAUGUUGAUCAGCAGUUUCAUGUGGAUGUUUCGCCGAAAGGGUGUAUGUCAAUAUUGUUUAUUUCAUAGUAACAAUUUUGGAAACUACCGAGCAGAGCGGAACAAUGAGACUUUCAUUAGAAAAUAGCUGCAGGGAGCGAAGAAUUUAACAAAAAGAAAAAAAAGCGAAGAAAAUUCUUUUCUUUCAAGUUCAUAGACGCUGUCGAGUUUCUGGCGUCCCAGAGUGUCAUUCUACAUCAACUGGGCUGUCGGCUUGACUACACCAACUGCCUCAGGAUCAUCCGGACAGUCGUUUACGGAAUGCUCGUCACUGUGAUGUCCUUCAUCUGCUACGAUUUUUUUAUUGGAUUCAAACGCUGGUCUCCAAGCCAUAAGAUAUUGUCAAUGCUGCAAUGGUUCUUCUGGAGUGUUCCACUGAUAGUCCAGAUGAUGUCAACAACGAUUUUCGGAGCUCUGGUCAUCACUCUGGGCCAUCACUUUCGGCAGUUGAAUGUGAAGCUGAUGGCGGUCAGAGACAGAAAUAAUUCAGUGCCCCCCAAGAUAAUCGACGUCACCAACGACUGCGUCGAGAGCGUUCGUCUGAUUGCCAAAGUCCACUACAACCUCUGCAAAAUAUCUAAAUUCAUCAACUCCUUCUUCAGCCCCAUUCUCGUUGUAAUAGUCGUCACCGCGUUCUUCAUGAUGAGUUCCUCCCUCUAUUUCAUUUUCAACGAAGUUGUUAGAGAAGGGGAAACUGAUUAUUGGCAAAUAGGCACUUACGUAGCCUGGGAAAUCACCACUGCUCUCCCCAUAAUAGUUGUUGUAAUUAUCUGCAAUUUAACCACCAACGAAGCGGCGCUCACCGGAAAAUUGAUUCACGAACUUUACGUCGAGAAUUCACAGUCUAAACUCUAUCAAAUUAUUCGUUCAUUAUCUCUCCAACUCCAUCACCAGAAGAUUGAAUUCUCAGGUGCUGGACUAUUUCCAAUAAACUCAUCUCUGCUGCAAACGAUGAUUGGAAAUAUGACAACAUCGCUGGUCAUUCUCAUUCAAUUCCAGCCAUCCCUGGAUUAAAACCGAUGAAUAUGACAAACAAAACCAAUACUAACUUCUGAAUUAUUGUGGGGGGAAAAUUUACCCCGGUUGUCAUGAGAGGCCUCUUCUUAGAGUCGAAACAAAGAGUCGAAACAAGUCUCUGCACCUGGACCACCCGAGCAAUCCCAUAAACAAGCGUAAGGUGUCGGAUACUUUUGGCUCCACAGGGCCAGAUUUUUGUCUAAAUAAAUGACAAAUAAGACACCGUUGACGAUCUCCAUGACGAAUUGGAGAUGGAGUCAGGUCACCUAGCAACGAGGCCGAGUGCCAUCAGAACACAUCUAUAUAUUAUUCCAUAAUUAUUGUUAAAACACCUGACUACAUUCCAAGGACAAUUAUAUUCAUCAAAAACGGCUGUUCAACGAAUUUAUUCCAAUAUUACCCUUUCUAGUAAUAAUAAUAAUAUCAAUAAUAAUAAUAAUAUUUUAUUUGCUUUGGUGUUACAUAACAUGUGUUUCACACAUUCUCUUUCUAGUAAAAGUAUUUGCUACAUAAAAGAAUAAAAUUACGUUGAAAAUUUGGUCCUACAAUUUAUCCUAAUCGUAUGUUAAAAUAUCGUUAUAAAACCUGAAAUACCAUUGACAUCUGUCUACUACCAUUUUUUAUAAAAGAUACUUUUCAAUAAUUUUUCCUGAUACUAAAUAGAUUUUUGCUUUCAAGUAAAAUCAAAAUGUGAAUAUAAUUUUUUUUGUAAAGGAAAUAUAUAUAAAUAUAUAUUAUUUACAUGUUGAAAUAUCUUACUACAUUCCAGGGACAAUUAUAUUUAUCUAAAACAACUGGUCAACGAAUUUAUUCGAAUAUCACCCUUUCUAGUAAAAGUAAUUAAUAUGUUAUGAACAAAGAUUGUUGAUUAAUAUUAAAACGAUUUAACAAUGAACAUUAAUUUUUUAUUUAUCGCAGUCGGAAGGUACAUCUGUCUCCUAGGGACGAAAGUUUUCACGAUCUGGGCCCGGUUGACGAAAGGCCCUUUUUCUGUGGAAAAAGUGAAGAUUAAAAAUUUUAAUCUUCACUUUUCACAGAAAUUCUCAUUUCUCCUUAAGACCCUCAAUUAAGUUCUGAUUUUUAAAUUUUCGUUUUAAACAAACUCUUUUAAACAAACGAUAAUUAAACCCCAAAAAGAAUUAAUUUUCUUAAUUAAAAUUAAAAAUUAAUUUUAAUUUUAAAAUUUUAAAAUUUUAAAAUUUUAAAAUUUUAAUCGUGUUCUCUUCAAUGACUUUUACAUUCCUAUUCUAAAAAGGAGAGCCACAUAUCGUAUCGAAAAUCUCGAAUCGAAUCGAAAUCUCGCAACGAUGUAGCCAGUAUCCUAUUGGUCGUUUAAAUUUUAGGCGCUAAUUUUAAAACAUAAUGUAAAGAUCGUUAUGAUUCACCGUGAGAGAGAUUCAAGUGUUGAUCACUCACUCACUAUGACUCACGUGUUGAUGUCAAAUGCUUUCGGACGAAUCAAAGGUGAAUCAAAUUGAUUUAUAUGACAGAAACAAAACUCAUCCUUCAUUAUCCGCGCGCGUUCGGUCUCGUCCCUAAAAAACUAGAUCUCCUCAAAAAAAAUAACAACAAACCAAUAACUCAUUGCAAUUUCUUCAGAACAUCCUGAACACUUUUACCGUAAGCCAUAAAUUUUUUGACAUCAGCAUUGAUCCUCGGAUGCUGAGUGAGUUUCUCCAAAACCUCGACGUCCCUCCUCGCGUCAUGAAGUGGACCCCGAAAGUCCAGGAGAUCCUGCGCGAGCGACAAUAAUUUAUAAUUUUUGCGCCUGUACGGCCUCUCCGGUAGUUCAUACCGGAACAUCGGGAGAGUGUCGGCGAAUCCCCAGACGACAUUUAGGAAAUCGUCGAGCAAGCCGAGCUCCUUGAUCGUCCGGGUGAUGAUCGGCGCAUCGAAAUAGUGAGCGUUGUGAGCGAUCAGUAGAGACUUCCCUCCGCGAUCAGACAGAAAUUGAAUGAAGUCCCGCAUGGCUCUCCGUGCGGGGAGCGUUAUCAAUGGCCAAUGGGGCCGGCUGUACAACGUUCCGUGCAUGAUGUAGAGCCCGGUGACCUCUGUGACUUCGGAGGGGAUGGGGGUUGUGGGCAUUAUGUGUUGGUUGAAGACGUCGUCGCCACAUUUCGCGGCGAUUUGGAUGAUUUCGACGGUGGACGGGUCCAAGCCGGUCGUUUCAA